AUGCGUGAGAUCUUUGCGAGUGCGGACGAAAAAUUCGUUAAGGAACAACACAGUGGACAUAACCAGAACAAUCCACUAAGGAUCUACAAAUUCAGGUCGAGUGAGUUUUUGCGUAUCGAAAAGGGGUUUGAUAAGAACGCGUUGCCGAUAGUCUUCAAAGUUUCGCCCGACAGUCUUCUCAAUCUCUGCAUAAAGCUCAUAGAUGCAUUGCCCUUGCCGUCGGUUUACAAAUGGACGAAUCUGGAUGUCUGCAAAUGGAUACGCAAAUAUGGUUACCCUCAGUAUAUGAACACAUUUCAUGUCAAUCUCAUAACCGGUCAGAAACUAUUGUUACUCGAUGCUCAAGCGUUGAGCGCCAUGAAUAUUAAAAAUUUCGCAGAUAUUAAGCAUAUCGCUUACGGUAUACGGGGACUCUUCUAUUACGAAAUGACCAAGUAUAUACGCAGCAUUUCGCUACCGCCCGAGUACUAUUACGAAUUGUAUAAAUUAUUUGAGACGAAAAGUGGACGAAAAUAUCAGGAUGUACGCCGUUCGGAUCUCUGGCGUCGCAUGCAAUUGCUGCGCGAGAAUAGUCCAAAUUAUUCACAUUGGGAUCUGCUCGAACGUUGGCUGGCACGCAAACGCGAACAUACCGAACUUUUUGGUGGUGUCAAGCGUUAUCGUCUCUACAAAUGCUUGCCGGAACAACCAGCGAAACCGGAAGAUAUUCUGCCUGCGAAUCCUUGUUAUUGUAUGCCACCGUGUUCUUGCUUUUGGACUGAGGAUCGGCAUUUGCAAGCGCCAACGGUAUUCUCGUUACUCGCACCGGUUCGUAAGGCAGACCCUACUGUUACGAAAGAACGUUGCCGAAACUGUGCCCCGCCGUGCACGUGUCAUUGGCCUUCACAUUUCUAUAAAUUUAACAUAUUAUUGUCAUGUCUGAGGGAGAACUUGCCAAACAAAUACGGUGAAAGGGAAGUGGCGCGUCGAAGACAAUCCAGAACACUAUUUACUUCAUCGUUUAUAGAUUGA